UAGGUGGGCUCUAUAUAUAUAUAUAUUUAUAUAUAAGUCCACUCAGUAUCUUGUCUUGAAGUAACUAUAUGCACUUGGUUCUAUUUUUUUUAAAUAAACAAGGGAGGAGAGCAUCUUCACCAAAUACACCUGGCAACCCGCAUCGCUGCAUUUGGACCUCCUAAGCAUUAAAGAUUCUUGUUCACAUCCUGACAUGAAGCUCAAUUUCUUUGGUACCAUUGUGAUUCUGCUCGUUGCCUUCCUACCGCGCUACGAAUGUCGGGCUGUUGAGAGCCCCGGCGGAGUUCUGCGGAUCCCCGCUGCCCAAAGCCCGAACUCCCAGCAGGAGCAGCAGCAGCAGGAGCAGCACAGGUCACCCUCGGGUCCCAUCCUGGAGCGCCUCGGUGAGGAGUACUUCAUCCGUCUGGGCAACGGAGAUUCAAACUCUUUCCCCCCCUCGUCCAUGUACCCCCUGGGCGCCGCUGGGCUCCUUAACAGAGCUCUGCAGCUCCAGCUCACUCGGCGGCUUUUGCAAGGCAAAGUUGGCAACAUACGGGCUCUCAUCGGCGGCUUCCCGGACCGGAAAGAUGACUUCGAUGACUCCGUGGAGCGCGGACGCAGGUCCGAGGACCCGCCCAUCUCCCUGGACCUGACCUUCCACCUGCUGCGGGAGAUGAUGGAGAUGUCCAAGGCGGAACAGAUGGCGCAGCAAGCCCAAAACAACAGAAGAAUGAUGGAGCUCUUCGGGAAGUGAGGACCAAAGACCCUUCCGCCCUUAAAUCCCUUUUUAUUUAGUUAUAUAUAUUAUAUUAUAUAUAUUUUUUGCAUUUGUACCAUCAGCACAAAAAAAAACAGCUCUGUACAAUGUCGUGCUGCUUUAUCACUCUAUUAUUUAUAGCUUUGACCUCAAAUUAGAACAUGGAGGGACUUAAAAACUAUCCGAUUGUACCUUGCCAUGUUUGAAAAAUGAUACAUAUAUCGACAACUUUUUGUUCAAUAUGACCUUAUGAUGCAUCCUUGUUUUUCUUCACUGUAUUAAUGACUUUUAUGUUUGUUAAUAAACUGAUGUGCAAGCAGUCA